AUGGGUUACCCGAGAUGGAAAUUAAUUGAAAAUCGUAGAAGUGAUAAUUUAACCGUUCAUAUUGGCUUAUUCGAUCGAUGUGAAGAUUUAUCCUUCAAUAAUAAUAAUUUAUAUAAAAAAACUUAUUCUCAAUGUGAUUCAAAUAAAUAUCUGCCAUCAAACAGUAAUUAUACGACAGCAUUGUGUCGAAACGUGUCAGAUGAAAAUUGUCAAAAAUUAUGUAAUAAACCAAAUAAUAAUUAUUCAUGUGAUUAUUUACGAUUUACAAAAGGUCUAAUCGCAUGCACAAUCGUAGCUGCGUGUAUGAUUGAUAAUUUGAAUGCAACACAACUAGCUGAUCGUGAACAAGCGAUUCGUGAUAUGGCGACGCGUAAUUAUAAUGUACGAUUAGAUUGGUCAGCCGGUUUAGAAAUUGCCUCAUUAAUAAUGACAAGUUUCAGUUUAAUAACACAAUUAUUAUAUUUAUUCAGAACUUGGAGAAGUCAAGCCGGGUGA